UGUUCAAUGUUGGACUUGUUUCUAGGGGAGAAUACUCUGUUACAAAACUUGUCCUCAUGUUUAUUGACCAAAGCCUUGAAGAUUUGUGCAAUAACUUUUUUAUCGACUUCAUGUAUUUAUACGUAUUUUCAUAUAAAUAAUAGAAACACAUUUGUGCCAGAACCAAGAUGGCUACAACAUUCAUGAAGUGCCACUAUGAGGUGCUGGGGGUUCCUAGAGAGGCAUCGUCAGACGACUUGAAAAAGUCAUACAGGAAGUUGGCACUCAAAUUUCACCCAGAUAAGAACCUAGACAACAUAGAAGAAUCAACACAGCAGUUCCGCCUGGUCCAGCAAGCAUACGAGGUACUCAGUGAUCCUCAAGAGCGCGCCUGGUACGAUAAACACAGGGAGCAAAUACUUAGGGGAGGACUAGGCCAGGGUGACAAAUAUGAAGACAACUGCCUGAACGUCUUCCAAUACUUCAACUCUUCCUGCUACCGAGGCUUUGGGGAUGACAAAGAGGGCUUCUAUGCGGUGUAUGAUGAGGUAUUCAAGACUCUGGCAGAGGAAGAUAGACAAUUCAUGGAUAAGGAAGAGGAGUUUCAUGUGUUCACCUUUGGAAAUUCACAGUCCAUCUUUGAGGAGGUGGUUAAGCCAUUCUAUGACCACUGGGAGAGCUACUGCACGGCCAAGUCGUAUGUAUGGAAGGACAAGUACGACACGCGUGAGGCGCCCGACCGACGUGUCAGACGUCUCAUGGAGGCAGAGAACAAGAAGCUGAGGGAUGCUGCUAAGAAAGAGAGGAACGAGGAAAUCAGAGCUCUUGCUAAAUAUGUGAAAAAGAGGGAUAAACGAGUACAGGAGUAUAAACGCAAACUUGAGGAGCGAGCAGAAGAGAUCAAGAGGAAGGCUGUGGAACAGAGGCAGCGCCAUCUAGAGGAGGGGAGAAAGAAGUUGGAGAACUACCAGGAGGCUGCUUGGUCGUCAGCGUCGGCGCUGGAGGAUCACUACCAGGACCUGGAGGCCAAGUAUGCCCAGCAGUUUGGAGACACCCAGGCUGGCAACGAAGACAAUGUUGAAGAUGAAGAAGUCUAUGAUGAUCUGUACUGCGUCGCUUGUGACAGAGCCUUCAAGAACGAGAAAUCAUACAAGAACCAUGAGAAGUCUAAGAAACACAAGGACCUGGUUGCUAUGAUACGGGCUCACAUGGCGGAGGAAGAAGGGGUCACCCUGGAGGAUGGGGACCAGGGGUACAUGGAGGAGAGGCUGGGCCCAGAGGGGGAACCAGACAUCGAGGAGCCCCCUGGGCAGCAGAGGUUAUCAAAGAAGCAGAAAAAGAAGAGGAAACAGCAGAGAAAUGCAACCCAGGCUGAUGAAUUGGACAGUGUUUCAAACACAUUGGAAAAUGUGUCUCUUCAAGAUGGUAUAGAAAGCGCCAGUAACAAAAAAGUUAAAUCUAAACGAGAUAAGCGAAGAGAAAAGCUUAGCAGAGAGCUUCUUGAAGACUCGGAUGAAGACGAGGAUAUACCCAAUGGUGUAUCAGCAGAGGAGACCAAAGAACACUCUGAAGAAACUGAUGGUGAUUCUGAAAAUCAGGCUGUGGAUAAAACUAACGUAGACAAUAAUAGGCUCAACACUGAUGUCAGUGAUGCAGUAAAUGAUGGUGAUACAGAUGACUGUCACAAUGUUGAAGACCAGGCUAUUGAUUCUAUGAAAGAAGCAGCUGAUAUGGACAUGCAUGCUGAUGUUAAUGCAGAUGAUGUUGCUGCAAUGAAUGAAAGGAAAAGCAAAUACAAGAAAAAGAAAAGUGAGCCUGACCCAAAUCAGAAAAUGGCUGACGGGCUUGGUAAACAUACCCAAAAAAGGACAUAAGGAGGGUCGCUGUGAGAUCUGUGGGUCAGACUUCCCCUCCAGGUCGAAGCUGUUUGACCAUAUAAAGGCCACCGGUCAUGCCAAAUUGAAGAAUGCCCCACUCACCGAAGAUUCUAGUAGUAAACAGAAGAAAGAAAAAAAGAAGAAAGCCUCUAGUAAAUGAUGCUUAAGUUAUAUUUAUUGUUGGUGAAUUUAACGUAUAUUUGAUCUGAAUUGUUUGUAUAUUAAAAUGGCCAUGAGUUUAAA